UGAAGUGUUUACCGUCAAUGAAGUCUCCGUGAACACGGGAACAUUGUCUUUAAAUUUAAAUCAAGCUGUAACAUGGAUUUUCUGCGAUACUUCUGUCAUACUCAUUGAAUCCAGCCCAAAGCAUUCUCUCUCAUCUGUCUUUCGUUCAUGGCAGGAGCUGGCCGUGGUGCUGAAGUCCCAGGGGCCCGGGACUGUUUCUAGACAAGACAGAAUAAAGGCACAGUGAUUAUGAUGCCUUUGUAUCAGCUGUUUUGCUGGGGCUUAUUUUGUAUUUUUCCACUGGUGAGAAGUUAUUUUCUGCUCACUCUAUCAGAAAUGUGUGACAUGUUUUCACAAAAUAAGAGGACAUGUUUCAGAUGUAUUUUUAGGAUACUUUGAGGAAUUGCACACAUAAAUAACAUAUAUCAAUACGAUCUCUCUAAGGCAAUCUAGGGAAAUCCAGAGGUAGACUUAUUAUUUCAUUAUUGAUGAUCUCAAAACGUUCUAAAUAUACAGUAAGCCAUUUGAGCAUCUAUCAUUGGUGACUGAUCUCCUUUAAAGGGUGUGAUAUUGACGUCACCUUUCUCGGGAAAAAGUGUAAGACUGUAUGUAAUCUGAUGAAAUAGUUUGUUUUGGUUGGUGCUCUCCCUCUCUCUAUCUCUCUCUCUCGUAGCCUCCGCAUUCAGCAUUCCGCGUAGCGGGGUGAUGAUAUCAAUCACCAUGGCACGAAGCGUCUGAGUUGAGCUGAAGGGACAGCUACGUGCUGGUGCGGUCUGCGGAUAUGUCCAUCGUCACUAGUGAGUGAGGUCGCGUGCUAAAUCCUAGGAGCUCUGGGGGAAGCGCACCUUCAUGCCAAGAAGCGAGUGGCUACGGUGUGCACCUCUGUCCGUCUUGUCUGUUUACCCAGCGGCGCUCCAACACCUAUUGUUACUGUCUCUGAGGGGUGCAGAUGAAGACACACAUAGGAGGGAGAACUACUGAGAGAGAACCCAGACUCAUCCUACACACACAGAUCUGAGAUCUGACCUCUCACCUCUGACCCAGUGCCCCCUACUGGUGCAGACCACCUCUGAUCCUACCGUGAUGAGCGGGUGCGGCAGGAAGGCUCUGGCAUUGCUGAGCAGCGUGUUUGCGGUCAGCGGGCUGGGGCUUCUGGGAGUUGCGGUCUCUACAGACUACUGGCUGUACCUGGAGGAGGGGGUCAUCCUGCCCCUGAACCAGACCACUGACAUCAGGACCUCCCUGCACUCUGGACUCUGGAGAGUCUGCUUCCUGGCAGGUGAAGAGGCAGGUCGCUGUUUCACCAUCGAGUACAUCAUGCCCAUGAAUUUACAGCUCACCUCUGAGUCCACAGUCAGUGUACUUAAGAUGAUUCGUUCAGCCACUCCGUUUCCUCUGGUCAGUCUGUUCUUCAUGUUCAUCGGCUUUGUGCUAAACAACAUCGGACACGUCCGACCUCAUCGCACCAUCCUGGCCUUUGUCUCCGGAAUCUUCUUCAUCCUCUCAGGUCUGGCUCUGGUGGUAGGUCUCGUGUUGUAUAUAUCCAGUAUUAAUGACGAGAUGUUGAACAGGACUAAGAGCAGUGAGUCCUACUUCAGCUACCGGUACGGCUGGUCCUUCGCCUUCGCUGCCAUCUCCUUUCUGCUCACUGAGAGUGCGGGCGUCAUGUCCGUCUACCUGUUCAUGAAGCGUUACACAGCCGAGGAAAUGUACCAGCGCCACCACCCCGGCUUCUACCGGCCACGCCUCAGUAACUGCUCUGACCACUCCGGUCAGUUCCUGCACCCGGAGACCUGGGCACGAGGACGCAGCCCCUCGGACAUCUCCAGCGAAACCUCACUUCAGAUGAGCACCAGCUACCCGGCCCUGCUCAAGUGCCCCGACUACGACCAGGUCUCCUCCUCACCCUGCUGAAGGGGUCAUCGGGUCAGGGCAGGUCGCCAAGGUCAAGGGUGAGAAGUCAUAGGUGAUGUUGCUUUUAGAUACUGAUCUAAGAUCAGCUUUCUUUUUUAAGUUAUCUGGAAUCUGUGGAGGGUUGCUGGGAAGUUGCUGGGUGUGGAUAGAACCUCCCGCCUGCAUAGUUUACUGGGAGAUCAGUCCCAAUAGAUAUACAGGGAAGCCUCUGUCUCUUUAUUUUGUUGUUGUUCGUUCCCAUUGUGAUGCUGUGCCCUGGACCUUGUUUGAAAACAUCUACCAGCCAUGAUUGCUGCUGAGGCAACAGUUGAUGCCGCUGUGCCACAUCUUACCUACAGAUGGCAGCAAAGUGCAGAGUUUUUUCAGGAGUAUUCACUUCUCACGUAUUUUCUAUUAUAUCAGGAUACUUACUGCCACUGAUUAGUUAACUUGACGAGGACCAAACUAACAUUUACACAAAUGUUUGAACGGGAACAAUACAUGUCACUAUGUUAAAGCUGCAAUCAGCAGUUGAAACAUUAACAAAGUGAACUCCCAUCCCGUUUCAGUAAAAAGCUGAGGAAUGGGGCUAGAGAAAUGUAACCACUCUCAAAUUCAUAGACAGAGCUAUGGAUGCAAGGACUGGCCAUCCAUGAUAUCGAAAUUAUUGUUACCAUGUUUUGAAGGUAUAUAGUGUUUGUUUACAAACACUGGAGUGAAACAAGCUUUUAUUUUGGUUUCUGAAGGUUACGACAGUUGAAUUAAGCACAUGAGGCAUUUGUAAUAUUAUAACAUCAUAUUCUUAAGAGGUCCAAAAAUGGAUGAAACAACUGCAGAUUGCACCUUUAAACGUGUGAUAUGUUAAAUUGUGUAGUUUGCUUCAUGUUGGAGUUUUUAAAUUGAUGUGUCCCUUCUGGCUCACGGAUCUGCCAACAUUACGUUUUCAUGUUAUGGAAUCUCUGCUUUGUUUAUGUAUCAUGUAAAAAUGAAUUAUUUGAAAAGUAAUUGGUAUUUACUCUUAGACAGAUUGUUUAUACAUGCAUAUCAAUAACUGUUGUACAUUGUAUGAAUAUAGCGAACCAUUGUAAAACAAGUCAAAUGUGUAGUCUCUGCUUAAAAUGAUUCAUUCUGAGUGUCAGCAUCAUGCCGUCGGCAUAGCAACUGUUGCAUACAAACUGUACAAUAUCUGGAGAAUAUCUAAAUGUGGGAAAUAAAUAGACUUUGUGAAAUCUU